UCAGUCUGCAUGAAAGACAUCACAGAUCUCUAAGGAUCCUGAUCUCUGCUCAUCAUGAGGAUCUUCGCAGUCGUCUUCGCUCUGGCCGUCUUCUCAGGCUGCCAGGCCAGGAGUCUGUUCCAGAGAGACCCGCCCAGCGACCUGGAGGCCACCGUCGACAAGGUCAAGGAGUAUUUCAACGACCUGGGCGAGCAGCUGGACAAAAUCCUGAAGGAUGUGAAAGACUCCCAAAUCAGCAGGGAGCUGGACACCCUGAUCCAGGACAGCCUGGCCGAGAUGAGCGUGUACAGGGAGGACGUGCACACCAAGCUGGCCCCGUACACCCAGGAGGCGGCCCAGCGCCUGGCCAAGGACCUGCAGCGGCUGAGCGAUCGGCUCCGCAACCACAUGACGGAGGGCCGGCAGCAGAUGGACAAGUACCGGGAGGAGCUGCAGGCCAUGAUGGAGCAGAACGCCGAGGACGUCCGGGUCCGGAUGACGGCCUACAGCCGCAAGCUGAAGAAGCGCCUGCAGAAGGACACGGAGGAGCUCCAGAGUCAACUUUCCGACUACUUGGACGACAUUCAGUCUCGCGCCUCCAACAACAUGGAGGACAUGAGGACUCGCCUGGACCCGUUCUUCGCUCAGGUUCGGGACAACGCCCAGGCGAAGGUCACCUCCCUGAGAGAGCUGCUGGAGUCCCAGGUGGAAGUGAUGAAGGACAAGAUCCAGACCACAGCUGAUGACAUCAGGGACCGCAUGGAGGACUCCACCCAGGGCCUCAGGUCCACGCUGGGGGACUGGUUCCAGCCUCUGCUGUCGAUCUUCACCGGCAGUCAGUGAAGAGUUCACCAUCAGUCUGAACUGAAGCCGCUUUCUGUAAAGAAACACCAAUAAAACACUG